CUCUGACUGAUUCUAACUAACCAACCAACUCACCAGUUAACUGCUACUUACUGAGUCUAAUGACUCUUUCUUACAUACUACCAAUUGGGCUCCCUCCCUUGUCUUUAUGUCCAAUUUCCACAUUCAAACGCAUACUACUUUUGUCCAAAUUAUAAACAACUCCAAAAACAAAAUCCAUCUUUCAUAUUUAAACUGCUGAUUCUAAUUCUUGUGCAAGCACCCCAAACUAUACCAAUGGCCAUUUGCAAAGCAAAUCUUCAAUAUCUCUGCCUCUUUCUUAUUUCCAUUUCACCAAACUUGGUAAAUGCCCGAACAGAUAAUAGGGUUGCUUUAGGAUCAUCCCUCCUCGCUUCUGAUAACUCUUCUUCGUGGAAAUCACCAUCAGGUGACUUUGCCUUUGGAUUUCGCCUACUUGACAAUCAAAAUCUCUUCUUGCUUGCCAUUUGGUUGGACAAAAUACCCGACAAAACCAUAGUUUGGUAUGCAAAUGGAGAUAAUCCUGCACCAAAAGGAUCAAAACUUGAGCUCACCAAUGAUGGCCAGUUCACAUUAAACAACCCACAAGGCCAAGUCAUCUGGAUAGCCGACUCUGUCGGAAAUGGAGUUGCGUAUGCUUCUAUGCUCGACACAGGCAACUUCAUUCUUGCAAAUGGGGAGUCUCUUUAUCUAUGGGAGAGCUUCAAACAUCCGUCCGACACCAUCUUGCCUAGUCAAGUAUUGGAAGCAGGUAAGCACAACGAAUCUCACAGACUCGUAAGCUGCACCAAAAAAUUUGUAGUCUAUUUUAAGCUAUAGAUUUUCAGAAUUUUUGUCUCAUGAAAGCCUCAAGAUG